AUGUUCUCAUAUUCAAGAAAUAAUAGUUUUAAUUCAAAUACUGGAUUAUCAAGAUAUGAAACAGCAGAAGAAGAAAUUAAUGAUGAAUUAAAUGAAGAAUUUAAUAAUAAUCAUAAGCAAAAAAAUGAAAAUAAUCUGACAUCACAAGCCGCAAUUCAACAACCAAAAUUAGAAAGCAAACAGAACACAAACACACGACCUGAUAGUGGAACUUUAUUAAAUCCGAUUAACAAUGAUAAUACCGAUAUUGAAUUAAAUCAACAAGAACCACCACCAAACCACAAUCAAACAAUUGAACCAGAAAUCAUAAAUAAUCAUGAUAACAAUAACAAUAUAACCCUGGAUAUUGAAAACAAUAACAAUAAUAGUACUACAGAUCCAACUUUUAAUGAUGAUUCAACAAUUGAUGAGAAAAAUUCUUUAAAACAUAUUAAAGAUAAAUCAGAUAAUGAAAUAACUCAAGAAGAUAAACCAAUUGAAAUACUGGAUCUUGAUUGGGAUGGUCCAGAUGAUAUGGAUAACCCAUUUAAUUGGCCUGUCUAUAAAAAAUGGUGGAUAAAUGUUACAGUUGGAAUUAUGUGUCUCACAUGUUCAUUAGGUUCAUCAAUGUACACAGCAGGAGUAUUUGAAAUGAUGGAAAGAUUUAAUGCUUCUCAAACUUUAGUUAUAUCUGGAUUAACUUUUUAUUUAAUUGGAUUAGCUUUAGGUCCUGCUUUUAUGUCUGGUUUCACAGUUGUUUUAGGUAGAAAACCUUUUUAUGUAUAUCCUUGGAUUAUUGGUAUAUUAUUUAUAAUGGGAUGUGGAUUAGCUAAAAAUAUUCAAACUCUUUUGGUACUUAGAUUUUUUGCAGGAUUUUUUGCUUCACCUGCAUUAUCAGUUGUUUCAGGUACAAUUAAUGAUUUAUUUUCAAAUGAUCCUUUUCAACAAUCUGGUGCCGUUGCUUUGUUUUGUUUAAUGCCCUUUUUAGGUCCUGUUUUGGGACCCAUAAUUGGAGGAUUUGCAGCAGAAUAUAAAAAUUGGCAAUGGAGUGCUUCAUGGGUUUUAUUAAUGUUUUAUGGAUUAGCUUUAAUAAGUGUUAUAUUUGUUCCAGAAACUUAUAAAACUGUUAUAUUAGUUAAAAGAGCUAAAAAAAGAGGUUUAAAUGUUAAUAUGCCAAAACCUGAUUUUGAAUUAGUUAAAAAAAUUUUAAAAACUUAUUUAUUAAUUCCUUUUGAAUUAUUAUUUGUUGAACCUAUUGUUUUAUUUAUGUCUACUUAUAUUGCUUUUAUAUUUGCUGUAUUAUUUGGAUUUUUUGAAGCUUUUCCUAUUAUUUUUAGAGGUGUUCAUGGUAUGAGUUUAGGUGUAUCAGGUCUACCAUUUAUUAGUAUUGCAGUUGGAUUUGCACUUGCUGUUAUAGUUUAUUUAAUAUUAGAUGUUUAUUAUUAUUUCCCCAAACAAAAAGAUGGUUCAAGAUAUAAAAAAGAUGAAAAUGGUAAUAUUAUAUUUUAUGCACCAGAAAAAAAAUUAUUAGUUGGAAUGAUUGGAUCAAUAUUUUUACCAAUUUCAUUAUUUUGGUUAGGUUGGACUGGUAAAUAUAAAUCUGUACAUUGGAUUGUACCAACUUUAGCUGGUGUACCAUUUGGAUUUGGAUUACUUAUGAUCUUUUUAAGUGUGGUAUUAUAUUUUGCAUUAGCUUUCCCACCAAUUGUAGUUGCAUCAGCAAUGGCUGCAAAUAAUUUAUUAAGAUAUAUUGUUGCUUCAGUAUUUCCAUUAUUUUGUACUCAAAUGUUUGAAAAUGAAACUUUAACUAUAAGUUGGGCAGCUUCAAUUUUUGCUUUUAUUUCAUUAUUGAUGGUUCCAAUUCCUUUUGUUUUUAGUCAUUAUGGUGCAAGAAUGAGAGCUAAAAGUAAAUAUGGUUAUGCUGCUUAUUUUAGACAAUUAGCUGAAGAAAAAGCUAAAAAAGAGGAAGAAAAUGAAAAGACUAAUCCUCAACAAAUUAAUAAACCAUCUACUACUACUGAAGAUGUUGGUAAAAAAGUGUGA